AUAUAUGUAACACCAACUUAAUUAUCGUUAUUAAUUGAUGAUCAAAUAAAUCUAAGACAAUGGCAACGGGGACUUAUGUUCGAUUAACAAAGGAUCAAGAAUCUUCAUUGCAAAAUAUUACUCCUGGCGAGCUUAAUCAACCUAUUGAUGUCCAAAAGCAAUCAUGUGCUAAAUGUGAACAUUGUGGGCAAAAUCUACCUCCAUCAUAUGAACCUCCUGCUGAUGAAGAUUGGGCAACUGGAAUAUUUGGGUGUACAGAAGAUGUUGAUAGUUGUUUGGUUGGGCUAUUUUGCCCUUGUGUUUUGUUUGGACGACACAUGGAGACGUUGAAUGAUGAAAUAUCAAGCAGAGGAGCUUGUGUUGGUCAUUUGGUGUGCAUUGAAGGUGGCAUUGCUCUUGCUGCACUUACUGCAGCAUUUCAUGGCAUUGAUCCUGAUACUGCAUGCCUUAUUACUGAAGGUCUUCUCUUCUCUUGGUGGGUUUGUGGUAUCUAUACUGGCAUGGCGAGACAAAUGUUGCAACGAAAAUAUCAUCUUAAGGAUUCACCAUGUGAUCCAUGUAUGGUACAUUGUUGUUUACAUUGGUGUGCAAUGUGUCAAGAACACAGAGAGAUGAAGCUUCAUUUAUCAUGUAAUGAUAAUCCAACAACAACACUUGUAGAUCCACCUCCACUUCAAGAAAUGACCACUACAACUGAAAAUAAUGAUGAUCAGGUUGUAGCUGAUUCUUCUGGCAAAGAAAUUGUACCAUAUGAAGAUUUGGAUAUAGAAUCCCCCUAAAUACCCAUCUUGUACAUUUUUAACUUUUUUUAAGCUGAGAUUUAUCGUAAACAACUUUCUCUACAGUCUGUGAAACACUCUACCAGCUUCGAACUUUAUUUGUGAGGUCAUACUGAGAAUUAAUGUUGUUGGGGGAACAUAUUUCUUUGUUUUGCAUUAAAGAAUUUAGUCAUUUGACAAUAAAAUAGAAUUUAUUUCC